AGAGAGCACGGAGAGCACCCUUUGGUGUACAGACGGUACAGACCAAAAUAACUCCUUCCUUAACGUCUCUGGAUAUACUAUAACAGGAAAAGAAUGGAUCCCCCGAAAAUAAGAUUGUGCGGUUGUAAAGGCUGCAGGACCUGUUUAGUAUGUGAAAAGAAAUUCGGAAUCGCAAAACCGGAUUUGUACAGUGAAUUCAAAAAUUUAGACUCUUUCGUCUAUUGUCAUUGGUGCAACAAGCUGUUCAGAGGAUGGAAUGUCGAAGAGGUCCUAGACAAUCAUCAAAAUCAUGCGACUGAAAAUGGAAUUGAAUUUCCCGGGAUUUUUGUGAAAACAAAUUUUUUGGAUGAACAAGAGGCGGCCAAUUUAAUGAAUGGAAUCGACGAAAUGCCUUGGGACGGUUCACAAAGUGGUAGAAGAAAACAGAACUUUGGCCCGAAGACUAAUUUCAAAAAAAUGAAAUUACAAGUCGGACCGUUUGAGGGAUUUCCUGCAUUCACCAAGUUUGUGCAAACCAAGUUCGAGAGUGAACCGUUGCUACAUGAUUUUAAAACGGUAGAACAAUGCUCGCUAGAAUACGAUGACCAGAAAGGUGCCUGCAUAGAUCCCCAUAUCGAUGAUUGUUGGGUGUGGGGUGAACGAGUCGUCACAGUCAAUUGCUUGGGCGAUUCUGUACUGACUUUGUCAAGGUACAACGGUGACUGUAAGCGAUACAAUCUAUUUUUGGUUGACAAAUAUCGGUCAACGUUACUAGCCGAAUUGUUUGACGAAAACGAACUAAAUAAAUUCAACGACUUGGUUAUUCGUAUUCCGAUGCCUGCAAGAUCGUUGAUCGUCUUAUAUGGUCCAGCGCGCUACCAAUUCGAGCAUUGUGUUUUGAGAGAAGACAUAAAUCACAGGCGGGUAUGCUUAGCCUAUCGAGAAUUUACGACAUUCUACCUGAGCGAUGGAGAAAAAUACGAUAGUGCAGGAAAGGACGUUCUUAAUAAAGCGAAAUUGUAUUGGGAUCAUUCGACACGCGAAGGUGGUGUCGGGAUGCGAAAAUGAAUUACCGAAAUAAAUUUGUUAUUGUUCUAAUGUCAAAA